AUGUGGCAACUUACUAAUGAUUCUUAUCCUAAAUUUACAACCCUUCCUGAAAUUUUGAAAAGACCAGAUGCUAAAAUUAAAUAAACAAGCUUAGAUAAUAAAAUAAUCUAAGAGGAUCAAACUGAAAAUACUGAAAUUCGCUAAAAAAAAGUACAUAUGAAACCAAGACUGCCUGUUUUAUCAAAUUUGUUAUUAAAACCAAAACCAGCUCCUACUUCUCCAAGAUAAAAUAGAGAAGAAAAUAAAAUUACAAAGAAAUAAAGAAUAGAACCUGUUAAAUCAGUAGUUUAAAUUAGAUCAAAUUCAAAUGCACCUUAGAUGAUAAAGAAACUAACUAGUGAAAAAUUAGAAAUAAAGGAAACACCAUUAAUUGAAUAAAAACCUUAAAAGAAAAGAGCUACAUUAGAUGAAUAUGAAAUUUAAGAAGUGAUUGGUUAAGGUUCUUAUGCAAUUGUCAGAAAAGGAGUACACAAAGUCCAUGGUUAGAUUGUAGCAAUAAAGGUUUAUUCUAAAGAAAGAUUAUAUGAUCCUUAACGUGCUAGAGCAGUGGCCAAAGAAAUUCAAAUUAUUCGAUAAUGUAAUCAUAAGAAUAUAAUCCGUCUAAUUAAAGUAGUCGAGUCUAAUAACAAUGUAUAUUUUGAAUAUAUGCUAGAUUAAUUUAAUAAUGGAAUAUGGAGGUGAUCAAUCAUUGAAAAAGGUUAAAAAUUUAUCAGAAUUUGAUAUUCAAUUAAUUUUCUUUUAACUAUUAAAGGCUAUUAGUUAUUUACAUAAUAAAAAAAUAAUUCAUAGAGAUAUCAAAUUGGAUAAUAUUUUAAUCAAUGCUUAAAAGUAAAUUAAAUAUAACUAUAAAGAGAGAUCAAACUAAUUGAUUUUGGUUUUGCUACAGAAAUAGAUGGUUAUAUUAAUACAACAUAUGGAACUCCUUCUUACAUGAGUCCAGAAAUGCUUCCUCCAAAUCCAAGAUACAACGAAUUGACAGAUAUUUGGAGUUGUGGAGUUGUACUCUACGCUUUAUUGUUUAAUAAGUUUCCUUUUAGUGGUCAUACAGAAAAAGAAUUAUAAAUGAAAAUAAAAAAAUAAGAUCUGCAUAUCUAAUCAUCUGAUGAAGAGAUUGAAGAGGUGUUGUUAAGUUGUUUAGAAAGAGAUGUAGAUAAAAGGAAAACAGCAGAUUAAUUAUUAAAAACACUCUGGAUGAUUUGCUUAGAUUGA